CUGAGUUCGAGUAAAAGCGAAUUGCAUUCCCUCGCCUUUUAAUGACUUCUUUUUCUUAGGAGCUAAAAGCGCUAUCAAAGAUUCUCGUUUUAGUUUGUGUUUCCUCAUCACUUUGUGUAACAACGCACACACCUAGGCAACAGUCGGUGUGUUCGACGCGCCGUCUACUCCAACAUCGCGAAUCUCUCAACAAUUACUCUAACAAAUCAUCAUGGCGACACCCAAGAUCCUUAUGGCCAUGGUCUCCGAACUGGGCCAUGCAAAUGUAUUCAUCGCCACGGCCCAGGCGCUCUUAGAGCAGGCCCCCAAUACCGAACUGCACAUUGCAUCGUUCGCUCGUCUCAAACCGGCCAUUGAUGAAGCCUUCGCCGACAUCAAAGGCGCCAACGUCACCUUCCACGCUCUUCCCGGACCCGUCAUCACCGAGUGUAUCAACCGUGAUCCCAACCCAAAUAAUCGCAUGUUGUCUACCGCUCUGCUCAAGCCCGGUUUCCGGAACACUCCCGCCGCGUCACGAUUCUUCCUCACGCGCCUAUUUCUGGCCUGGACUCCCGAGGAGUACGUCGCCAUCUUCAAUGAGACCAAUGCACUCCUCGACUCUCUAUCGCCAAACGUCUUCAUAGUUGACGGUUUGCUCUCUCCAGCCUUAACGGCGGGCAAGCACCGACGCACUCAGAUAGACACCAAAGGCGAGGUCCCUACACCCUUUAAACUGGUCCUGCUUUCACCCAACUCCAUCAAGGACCUCGCAUCCCAUCUUGAGCCACCCCAAAAUCUCAUCGCCAAGUGGCCCAUCACCGGCGCGGCCAUGCUCAUGCCCAUCCCGUGGUACCUCAUCCCACUGAACUUUUACUUCUUGCUCCGCCUGAUCUUCACCCUCGUCACGGACAAGCAUAUGCCCGCCAAGAUAGCCGCUAUCCGUACUCUUACGGGUCUCCCAGAGCUAGACGUUUCCACCUUUGCGAGCAUUGUUCAGGACGGACUGAAGGGCAUCGAUCAUGUCCUCCUUUCUUCGCGGCUUGAGGUGGAUUUCCCGUCGCUCGACCUCGCCAAUGCGCCGCGGGCGUACAUGGACAAACUCAUCGGCUGCGGGCCAAUCCUGCGAGCCGCACCGCCUCUUACUGAGAGCGAUCCCCUGCUUGCAAAGUGGAUGAAGGAUGGGCCCGUGGUGACGAUCAAUCUGGGUACAGUUUGCCAGGUCUCCGAGGAUGAGGCUGUGGAGAUGGCGAGGGCAUUGAGAAUGAUGCUGGACGAGGCCGCGAGGCGAGGUGGCAACUCGACGGGGAUGCGCAUCCUGUGGAAGUUGAAGAAGGACCCUGCUCGAGGUCCCGAGUAUCACACAGGCCCAGGAUCAGCUACAUUCGACAUUCUCGGGAAGGAAAUCGAGGCUGAUCGUGUCCGCAUUGUCGAUUGGAUCGUGGCAGAACCGAAUUCCAUCCUCAACACUGGAGAUGCGAUCUGCUCAGUGACACAUGGUGGCGCUAGCUCGUUCUACGAUGGCUUGACGGCUGGUGUACCGCAGGUUGUCCUCCCCGUUUGGGCCGAUACCUUCGACUUCGCAAACCGAGCCGAGUUGCUCGGGAUCGGUCGUUGGGGAAAUGUGAACAACUGUCCACGGUGGAGUGCCUCCGAACUUGCCCCAAUCUUGAUUGACGUCGUCUUCGACCGGAAUGCAGAGUUUGCGGCCAAAUCCCGAGUGUUGGCAGAGGUGUGUCGGCAGGAGGGUGGUGGUAGGAAUGUCGCUGCGAAGAAGAUCCUUGGCAUGAUUGGUGAAUCGCAGAAGGCAUAGACUCAUAGAUCACUUCAUAGACCAGGAAUUAACAAUCCAUAGAAAGACCAACUAGGCAUAAGUAAUGACGAAGCCCUAUGAGAGGCCAUGGCAA